CAGCAGCAACGGCAGCCCAUCAUCAAAUCCACGCAAUCAUGGUACGCUGCUCGUACCCCACAGCCCGCUCCUCCAACCCUAACUCGCUCUUCAACUCCGCCCGCCGGCAAUCCACAGCACUACGCAAAGAGCUCGACGGCUUGGCUCAAAGCAGCAGCAGCAGCAGUAGUAACAGCAGCAAUGGCUCUCCCCUCCCACCCGCCCUUCUAGGCCAAACCAACGCGUCGCUGGCCUCGUUCGGCCGCACCAUCGAGGACUACGCCCGCCUCGCUAGACACGAGCCUGGCGCCGCCGAGCAGGAAACUGCGUACGAGCGCAUCGACGCCUUCACUCGCGAGCUUGCCGAGUACCGCGAGCGGUUCGCGAGGCUCAAGCAGGAGAGGGACGACGAGCGGCAAGCAGUGCCAACGCAUGCAUGGCUCUUCGGCCGUCGGCACCAUCACACUGACACGCCGGAAAAUCCCUACGCCGCCACCAGCGCGGCGCAGUACUCACCCUGGUGGCCGUACUGCAGCGCAAACUCUUCAGCGCUCGAUGCCGGGUCGGGCGACUACACGCGUGAGGAGCGGACAUUCCGCCACCAGUCGUUCACGGCGAGCAUAAACGUACAGCUGGACGAAUUCCUGGGGCGCGGGAGCGCGGUGCUUCGCGACUUGGAGGACCAGCGCGAGAUGCUCAAUGGGACGCGGCGGAAGCUGUAUAGCGUGGCGAAUAUGUUGGAAGUGUCGAACGAUACGAUUCGCAUGGUGAAGAGGUGCGCGAAGCAGGACAAGUGGAUGUUUUGGGGCGGUGUGACUGCGUUUUCUGUCUUUUGCUAUUUGGUGCUGAAAUGGUUGAGGUGA